AUGGAAACGGUGCCUAGACUUAAUGAAGGCGACGAAUUGCAAGUUGGGAAACACAAGGUCGAAGUAGUGAGAUACCUUUCCGAAGGAGGAUUUGCUCAGAUUUAUCAAGUUCUCACCACAUUCGAAGUUGGCACCACUACGGCGACUAAAACUAAGGCAACCUCUACAACUACACCAACAUCAACAUCAGCGUCAACACCAGCCAAAACACAAGCAUGUCUCAAGAGAGUCAUUGUGCCCAACAAAGCUGGGCUUGAUCAAUUGAGGAAAGAAGUCGAGGUUAUGAAAGUGUUUAGACAUGCACGCAAUGUCGUCACCUAUAUGGACUCACACGCCGAGAAGCUCGGUAAUGGGACCUACCAGGUGUUGGUGCUUAUGGAAUUGUGUCCUGGUGGCUCUUUGCUAGAUCAUAUGAAUGCUAAAAUUAAGACGAAAUUGACAGAGCCCGAGGUGUUGCAGAUUAUGUUGGAUGUCUCCCAAGGAGUUUACGAAAUGCACAAACAGAAACUAAUCCACCGUGAUUUAAAAAUCGAAAAUGUGUUGAUUAAUUCUAAAGGUAGAUUUAAACUUUGUGACUUUGGAUCCACAUCACCGCCAAUAAUGCCACCGCAAGAUCAACAACAAUUCAAGUUUAUUAGCCACGAUAUUCUUUAUCACACAACACCGCAAUAUCGCUCGCCUGAGAUGAUGGACUUGUACCGUCAAGUGCCUAUCGAUGAAAAAGCCGAUAUUUGGGCCUUGGGUUGCUUCUUGUACAAAUUGUGCUAUUACACUACUCCUUUUGAGGCUAAUGGAGAAAUGGCAAUCUUGCAUGCAUCUUUUCAGUUUCCACCAAUCCCACAAUAUUCGGGUGAUUUGAAGAAUCUUAUCAUAAUCAUGCUUCAAGAGAAUCCAUUGUACCGACCAAAUAUUGUGCAAGUGCUUAUGUUGGUGAGCAAGUUGUCAAACAUUGAGUUUGAGAGUUUAGGAUUGAGAGAUUUUUGUAACCUUGGUCCGUAUAAUUUCCAGCAAUUACAGGAAUACCAAAUGCAAAAACAGGCAGAAGUUAUGCGUGAGAAGCAAUUAUACAUUCAUCAGCAAAAUAUGGCACAAGCAGCGCAAGCAGCUCAAGCAGCACCGACCUCGCAACCAGUGCCAGCAGUGUCAGCAGUGUCAGCAACGGAUGCUUAUCAAGUGCCUGGUGCACCUCUAACUGUAAAUCAACAAGUUGAUGACGAAGGAAAACGAGAAGGAGGAAGAGAAAGAGAAAGAGAAGGAGAAGGAGAAGGACAAGGAGAAGGACAAGGAAAGCAAGAGCCUGCUGUUGAUGAAGAAGAUGAAAACACUGCAGAUGCAAAGAGUGGAAAAUCUGAUCACCUUUCAGUUGAAGCUGAGCCGAAAGUUGCUUCUUCUGCUGAUUCGCUUGUUGGUUUUAGUCUGGGAAAUGACCAAAGUUUUUCCGAUUUAGAGCAAUUGAGCGAUGCCGAGGAAAGGUUUCCUUCAUUAGAGCAUCUCAACAUCAACGCAGAAGCAAAUGAUUCAAAGCAAGAAAAGUCAGAACGUACUUCUGUUGAUGGUAUUGUUGAUGAGCCAAAACCUAAAGCAGAUCCUCCAAUUUCUAAGGUUAAUAGUGGAAACAAUCCGUUCCAUAACAAUAAGCAAACACAUAACCCAUGGAGUAUGUCACCGGAGUUUAAUCCAGUAACUCCGAUACAACUGCGGCGAUUAGACGCUCAUAAAUCUUCAGAGCGUGCUCAUGACAAGUUUGAUUCCCCACAUUUGAAUAACGCCGCUUUUAACUAUCAAAACCUCCAGCAUGUCCAAUCUCACCCUCUGUCGCCACCACCAUUGCCACCAUUACCACCAGCAGCACAAAUCCAAUUACAAUCACUGUCUCAGUCACAGCCACAGCCACAGUCAAAUCCACAUCCACAGCAGGCAUCACUACCUUCGCAAGUACCACAUUCAUCUCUAGUCGAAGCACAACCAUACUCACAACAGCACAAGCACCAGCAGCAACAACAGCAGCAACAGCAACAGCAACAAGAUGAAACUGCGUAUGCACCUCCGUUGCCUAAGAAUCGACCCAUCCCUGCUUCUACUCAAUCAUUCUCUACUUCCCUGGCACAGGCUCCUCGUGUCGAAACAAACUUGAUUGAUUUAGAUAAUACAUCUGAUGCGCAAAAGGCUUCAGAAAAUAAGGCAAAUUCAUAUUCAAAGCCAAACAUUUCAAAGAGGUUUUCUUCAAACUCCCAGCUUAUGCUUCAAGAAGAAGUUGUUGAUUUCGCUUCUGAUGAUGAAAAUAUCGAUAAUGCGUCAGGCAUGAACAGGAUGAAGAUUCGCAAAUCAUUGAAAAACAAUCCAAAGGGACGAAGGUCAGGUGAACUAAAGAGGACAGAGAGUUAUAGUAACAACGAGUCGAAAAAGAGACUUUCGUUUUUUGGCGGCAAUUAA